GGCGGAAGUUGCGGUCGCCUGUCAAGAGCUGAAGUUGCGUAUCUGAAUCACUAGCUGAACUUUCGUUUUCCUCUGAGAACACAGUGAGCAUGGCGACGUUUUUCGGCGAGGUGCUGUCGGUGUAUUCUCGGGCUGUAGAGGAAGACGACGAGGAGCUUGAGGAAAACGAGGAAGACGAACAAAUCCGCCGAGAGCUGGAGGAAAAGAGGGAGGUUGAUCUGCACUGGAUCCCUGAAGUCUCAGAUUCACUCAAGUCCGGAAACAAGUUGCCGUGUUCUGAGUUCGUCCUCGCUGUGGGACACAACGCUGCCAGGUUUCUGUCAGUGUACGUUCUCACCUCUGCAAACUGGGACAAAGUGGGACAUGCGUCCGUGUGGAACGAGAGGAGCCGAGCUGUAGCUGGACAAACAAGCAAGGAGUCAGCAUGUGUUUUCUACAGACACAAGGAAAACCCGACAGUUUUGAUGUGCCAAGUGACUUCCCACAUCGCAGAAGACCAGCUUUUUCAGUGGACAGAAAAGGUUUUUGAUUGUCUUCAGCACAGAGAGCUGAACGUGACAGUGUUGUCAGAUAGCUCUGUGGCCGAUUACAAGACAGCAGAUUAUCUGUGCACCAGCGCCACUCCGUUCCUGCGCUCUCUCCACACUGGUACCUUCAGUGGUAAGCCGGUCUGCCAAUCACUGGAGCAGCCCAACAUAGUAACUGGGCUUUCAGCUGCAGUACUGAACCACUGCCAGGUCCACCGCAUCGCCACCGUCGUUUACCAGUGUUACAGUGACAUCCUCGGCCCUGACUCUGUCACCAUGGAGACCUACAAGCCUGCACUAACCAAGCUUGGGAAGUCCAUACAGUUGGCCUCGUCUCCGAACACAGACGUCCUGCGCAAGUUUAUCCAAACCACCGAAAUUCAGAGUAAUCUCUAUAUCUGAACAUGUUGCACACUGAAAGGUGCAUUAAAGUAUGUUUUCCUUUGAUAAAAUACUGUAAUUUUUUGAAAUAAAGAAAAAAAUAUA